AUGGAGCAUGCAGCAAUGUCGCUCGCAAAGUGUUGCACAGGCACACGAUUCAUUCAGCAGUGUUGUUUGCAAAGUGCUGCGCCGGCUGCCGGUGGCCAAGUGCUGCACAGGCGCAUGGUGCUCGCAGCAACGUCGCUUGCCAAGUGCUGCACAGGCGCGCAGUGCAUUCAGCAAUGGCGCCUGCCUGUGCUGCAAAGGUGCAUGGUGCAUUCAGCAAUACCGCUUGCCAAGUGCUGCACAGGCGCACGGUGCAUUCAGCAAUGUCGCUUAAGUGCUGCGCAGGCGCAGUGUGCAUUCAGAAAUGUCGCCUGCCAAGCGCUGCACCGGCGUACGGUGCAUGCAGCAAUGCCGCUUGCCAAGUGCUGCACAGGCGCACAGCGUUGCUUGUAA